GCAGGCGGAGCCUCGGGCGUCGUUUUACUUCCGGGUAGGAAAAAAGUCACGAAAAAUAACUAAUAUUUCAUCAAUACUUUGUUUUUUUUAAUGUUCCAAAGGUAAUGUGUUCUCAUAUGUUGGACAUAGUUCACUCUGAAAGGCUUUAUAAAAUCACGGCAUGGCCCCUUUAAUUCGUUUUUACUGUCACGUGACCGGAAGUCUGAGAUCUAGCGGUUGAAAAGGGAUGUUUGAAAGAUGAAAACAAAAACAAGACAGAUAUUUGUUUCUGUGUGGCAUUUUUACGCCAGGAUUUCACAAAAAUGAUCAAUAGAUCGUGUCAGCGCAGCAACAGAUCCUUAAGCGAUGAGACGUGAAGACAGACGAGAGAAACGGAACCAUCGGACCCGGUAAGACUGAAGCUAGCUCCAUCAGCUGGCUGAUGUUUUCCUCUCGAAUGCUCGAUAAUGAACCACGUGAGGCUGUAGACUUGAGUUCUACGUCAGCUUAGAUGCCCCCUCCGUAGGGAGGUCAGGGUGUUGUGGUCUCAGACUGACGCUGCCGCCCUCAGGCCGGUCACCCGCUAGCAUGCGGCUGGAGCUCCUUCACGUUUGACUGAACCCACCAACAUGGACGACUCUGACCAGGAUUUUGUAGAUUUUAGCUCAAAGUUGUUGAAACGUUUCCGUAAGAAACCGGGAGAAGCAACCAAACAGAGCAGGACAGCGGACCGGCCAACUUCCGGUCAAAGAUGCGUCAAAGAGCAGCGAGGGAGAACGCCAGAGGAAGACUCUGAUGGUGAUGGGGAAGAGGAGGAUCGGGAGGAGGAGGUUACCUUCAGAGGAGGACCUCAGGGAUCAGGAGAUGCUGCGUCAGCAAGUCUGUCAGCUGCCAAGCAUCUGAGGGCGAAGGACAAAGUUCUUCUGCAGAUGCAAAAGUUCAAGAGAUCCAGUCCUCUGAAGAUGGGAGUCAGUCAAGCAAAGCCAUGCCGCGCUGCCCCGGAUCCUCCACGUCAAGAACAAGACGGCGGCGCGUCCCUCAGCUCUGGCUCCUGCGCUGCAGGUCUGGAAGGUGACGAGGCUCUUGCUCUCCGCCUGCAGCUGCAGAUGGACCAGGAGGCAGCAGAAGCUCAGGCAGCGGACCUGGAGGAUGGAGGCCUUUUCUUCUGUCAAAUCUGUCAACGAGACUUGUCACAUAUGAACCCUGAGGGACGAACGCAUCACCUGAACAGAUGUCUGGAUGAGAGUGAAGCCACGCGCCCCGCCCCUUCCUUAUCCUCUGGUGGUCCCGAUUGUCCCAUUUGUGGGAAGAAGUUCAAGUCUCAGAAGAGCUGCUGGGCCCACCUGAAGCGCUGCUCGUCAGACAUGGGAGUUUCUGCUGCAGUGCUGCUGCAGGCUCUGCAGGGACGAGCGCAGGAGGGUCUGAGCGCUGCCAGCACUGUCACAGAGACUGCAGGCACUAAGAGGAAGAGUUCAUCCAAGUCCAACCUUCCAGUGAGGAAGAAGUUCAGGAGGAAGAAGGAGCCUCUAGAUGAGGAGACCAUGGUGGCUCUGGCCCUGUCCACCUCCCUGCUGGAAACGGAGAAGGUGCAGCAGCAGAAGGAGGAGGAGUCUGAGGCGGCGUCCUCUCACUGUGCUGCAGCUGAAGUUCUGAAGUGGCGUUCUGAUGGCGGUAGGGGGCGUGGGAAGAAGAGGAAGGCCCCCGCCCCUCGUCCUCCUCCACUUCUCCUCGUUCAGGACGCUGAGAUGGUCUCAGCCCGCCUGCAGGAACGGGUCGCCGCUCUUCUCCUUCGCUGCCGGGCCCCCUCUCCACCGACCCCCACCCGGCAGCCCAGCACUCUGUCUGGCUGGACCGGAGACGCCCCCUUGUGGCGUGAAAGUGCACUGUCAGUGGAAGGCUGUGCGGGGCUGCCGUUCUUCUGUGUGGCAGAGCUCCAGGAGUUUUUCACCCCAUCAGGAUCCAUAAAGACCCCAUCCAUCGCCUGCAUCAAGCCCCACGCUGUGGGCCAAGGACCACCUGCCACAGAGAGCCACGCCUCUGCCCCGCCCCUCUGCUCCCAGAAUGCCUCUCUCUCCUCGACUCCGCCCACUCCCAGGACAGGGGAGCUGUCGGUGGGCAGCCAGGCCCUUCGAGACCUGAUGGAGCUGGCUGAGGACGGCAUGACGUUGACACAGUAUGGGUACUCGGCUGGAGUUCAGCAUGUGAGCGGCUUCAUCCAGGAGGACUCGGAGCAGCAGGUGGAGAUCUGCAGCAGCCUCCUGGCAGAAACGGGAGACUCCCACAUCCAGGAGGAGAGGAUGGCUGCCCAGUCAGGGGAAGAAAGAGACGCACACAGCCACCAUCCUGCGGCGCUGUCCCGGCUGUCGGCAGACCUCAGUGGGAUGGUGAACAACCCUCAGCUCAGCGAUGUGCAGCUCCAGGUGGACAGUGGAGAAGUGUACCACGCUCAUUCCUUCAUGGUGUACGCACGCUGCCCUCUGCUGGCUGAAAUGCUGCAUGAAAGCGGCUUCAGAGUUCAGGAGGAAGGCUUGCCGGCCGCUCAGCGGGUGGUGCUGAGCGACGUCCCGGGCCAGGCAGUGUUCGUGCUGCUGCAGUACCUCUACACCGCCCAAUGCUGCGUUCCUGCGGCGCUACAACCUCACAUGCUGGAGCUGGCGUCCAGGUUUGAUCUGCAGGAACUGCAGCAGCUCUGUGUUCUCCCCCCAGAGGACGCCACGAUGAAGGAGCGAGAGGAAAACGAGCAUCACACUGACCAGGCCUUCCUAGACCUCCUCAGGUCCAUGUGGAAUGAAGAUGAGGAUGCAGCUGCAGACCUGGAGGAAGGCGGCGGUGAUGGGAAACGGGAGAUUAGUGAGGAGAGAAUGAAUGAGGAAGAGCUGGAGGAGAUCUACGAGUUUGCAGCUACGCAGAAGCAGGAGGAGGAGGAGAGUGAGGAUGUGGAGGAACAGGAAGAAGCACAUUCGCUUGAACCCAGAAAAAGCUUUAUUGAGGAGUCCGAUCAGUCCUCGGAUGGCUGUGGUUCAAAAACCCAAACUGUCCAGGAGAGAGAACCCUCCUCUACCUCCCAGCUGAGAUGGACUCAGUCCAGGAAACGUGACGGUUCUGACGGACCUUUCCUUCAGUCAUCAGGAAGUUCCCUCAGUCCUCCUCCCAGGAUCUUCAGCCUGCCCGGACCAGGACUGUCUCCUGGUCCCGUUGAUGGUGUCAGAGAAGACCAGACAGAUGCAAGUCCAGACAGAAUCCGUCCUCUGCAGAAAGAGGAACCGGACUUCAUUGUUCUGUCAGAUUCAGAUGAUGAGAAACAUGAUGCUCCUGACAAGAGCUACACGCAGAUCCAAUCCAGGCGGGACAGUUUGGAGUCCGGUCCUCCAGAGGGUUCUCCAGAGGUUUCCUGGCUGACCUUCACUCCAGUCCAAGCCGGGAGGAGCUCCAUGAGCAGCUCGACUCAGACCAGGAGCAGCAUGUGCAGGACCAAGCUCUUCUCCAGAGCGGACUCUUCAGCCGCUUUCUCGUCUCCCGUUUCAUCAUCUGGGAUCAAACUUCCAACCUGCAACAGUCCCCAGGAUGUUUCUGUGUCCUCAUCGCGGAGUUGCGUCUCCAGCCUGAAGCAGAACCGGGUUCGUCCCAGGAGUUUAGGUCCUGAAGUGUCUUCAGAAGAGAAGCAGCCCCAUACCCGAGGCUCAGCUCUGCCUGACCCCCAGCCCUGCAUCAGCACCCCCCUGCAGACGGACCACCACCACCAGCCUGCUGACCUUCCUGCUGCCUCCCCCCUCCAUGCUGACAUCAUCAGUCAGAGGAGGAGUUCUCACGUCUCCCCUCAGUCUGCCUCCUCUUCAUCAUCCUGUGUCAGAGGAGGUCCCAGUCCACACAAACUAAGCCCCUCCCCCAGCAGGAGACCCCCCUCUGAGAGCUCCAGCUGGGACAGUCCAGGUGUCAGAGUUCAGGCAGAAGCAGGAAGUGAUGCUGAUGCAGAACAGGAAGCAGGAAGACGUCAGAGCGGAGAGUCCAGCGGUCAGCAAAGUUUCACGGACGAGCCCCCGAUAGCUUACGAUGACUCGUGGGGUCUGGACGUCUGUGAGGAGGCCGACCCGGCCUGCUUCAGCCUGAGACUGGAAGACGGUUCUGGAUCCAGCCUGCAGGAAGCCUCCAGAACCUCCAGCGUUCUCCCUGCCGGUCACAGAGAUCCGCCAGAGGCCGGAGGGUCGACGUCUAACUCCGUACGGCAGAGUCCACCGCCGCCGAGAAGCCGUCACUCCCCCCAUGACCCCACCAACCCCACCUCACCUGAAAGCCAUGGCAGCCUUCUAGACUCUCAGCUGUGGGACAGUUGGAGAGAAGAAGAAGAAGAACUCCCUCUGUCUCAGAGGGUGAACCCAGAACAGCACCUGAAAACCCCAGCCUCAUCUCACAGGAAGAGGCGUGGCAGCGUGGUUCCCAUCACUCCCAUGCCGUCCUUCUCUGACAUGGACACACCAGAACUCAAAGGCAAACUCAACAGGUUCGGAGUUCGGCCUUUACCAAAGCGUCAAAUGAUCCUCAAACUCAAGGAGAUCCAUCAGUACACACACCAGCUGGCCAGCUCCGACUCCGAGGAGGACACCCCCCCGCAGAGGGAGGAGCCUCCCAGCGUGUCCUGCCAUCAAACAGGGAAGUUUAAAGAGCCCAGAGCUCCUGCUGCUGCGCCUCCGGUCAAACCCCGCCAUGGGGCGGAUGCGGGGCAGCUGUCUGCAUCUCAGGGCUCCAACACGUCUUCAGCCGCCUGCAGCGACGAGUCAGAGAGGUCCAACCAGGAGUUCCUCGUCUCUUCUGAUGGCGACUCCGACAGUGACGGCUGCAUUUCGUCCUCGCAGGCAGCGACGCGUCUCCAGGACCGCCUCCAUGCGGUCCGCAACUUCAUCCUGUCCCACUCCGAGCUGUACUGUCGGAUCCUGCAGUACCAGCCGCUGGUUCUGUCCCGGCUCCAGGAGCAGCUGAAGGCGGCCGGGAUCCGCCUGGGCGCCGCCAAGCUGAUGGACUACCUGGACUCUCAGUGCAUCACCUUCACCACGGCCAAGCCGGGCCAGCCCGCACCCGGCCGCUGCCGGGGCAACAGAACAGGCGGGGGGGCCAAAGCAGCCAGCAGGAAAAAAGCAGCAACAGACAAUCCUUAACUUUAACUCUUUAACACUUUAAACACAAAAUCUUAAACCUGUGGUAACCCGCUAACACGAUCCAGUAGAUUUCAAGGAGAAGAGCCGCUUUUCUUCUUGUCAAUCUACUGGAAUGAUCGUGUUAACAGUUGAUGAGGUGACACCUCAGGUGUUAAAGGGUUAAAGCAGAUUUGUUCCAAAAAGGAUGGACUGUUGGUGAUGUCUUCAAUUAAAUUAAAGACUUUGACAUGAUUGUGUUUGGAAUGUCAUCUUAACUGUUCAUACACUUUCCCAAGUUUUAUAUCUUGUGUUCAGAUGUUACAUCUUAAUAAAAAACAGCAGUUGUGUUUA